UUGAUUCACUGUUGGAUUUAGGGCGUGACUCAACGUUACCUCCGAACAGCAACUUUUGCUUUCAGCAACGUUAUACUGUAUUUGUGAUGUUUCCACGAAUUUCACCAACCUAAUACUUUUACUCAAGAUGGUAGUACACAUCCGCACUUACAUCAACGAAAUUAAUCAAAUGGCUAAUUUGAUGUCUGUCGUGUUUGAUCGGUUCAUAAUUAUUAGAUAUUUCAUUAGCAUACUGUGUCAUUCAGUGGUGUUGUAGGUAGCCUAGUAGCUAUUUGUUCCCUGUAUGUGACAACAGCCCUUGAACCUGCAAUGCAUUUCCCAAGCAUUGUUACUUUGCUGUUUUUACAGUGAUCCUGUCACUCGUAUUUUAGGCUAUUGCAUGUAAAUUGCAUCAUAAUUGUCGAGUGAGCAGGAACGCAGCGGAUAGUGCCAGUUCAACUGCUUCAUAGCAAUCUGAAGUCCGGGUUUCAUUGGCAAGUCAAGUCUCUCAAAUUCACAACUAAUUUGAGGCUCCGAACCUUAAAGCGAAUAAUAUUAUCCUGUGGGUAAGACAUAAAUUAACAUCGCAAAUGAAGAAAAUGGGUUUAGUGUGGAAGUCUAGAUGUAUUUGUGUAGUAAUUGUAUAGAAUUAUACAUUAAUCUCGCUAGCGUUACACAUUCUACGCAGGUAAUAUAGUAAUAUUAGGAGGCCUAUAUUAUUAGGUAUCGUCGAGCCAUAUACUUUUAUAUAGGCCACAUCCGCAGUGUUGAGCUACUUCAAUAUGGUAACGUACAUUUGUUAUGUUGUUGUUUGACACCGUAGGCUUUUAUUUGUAAACCAAUGUUCCAAGAUGUUUGCAGUGUUUAUAACGCUUGAUAAUCAAUAUUUGGUGAGAUAUCACCUUUAGUCAGGCUAAAAUCUAUGCGAAAGCGUCGUAUCCGAUUGGACAAAGAUAAAAUAGUAAUAAACGUAGAAGAGCGAUUCGUCCUGCGCUGUGUUGUCUGACGUUAGUUUCAGUUUAAUCCUGAAGUUGGAGCAAGCUCAUCCGCCGUCUUUGGGAAAAUGUCGGAAGACCAGGAAGCGCAGGAGGACGAACUCCUGGCACUCGCAAGCAUUUACGACCAGGAAGAGUUCCAAAGGGAGGAUGGAAGUGUGAGAGGAGGCGAGGUCCGCAUAUGUCCGGACAUGCCCCGCGAUUUUAAAGUCAUUGUAAAAGCGGGGGGCAAGUGUACAGAAUAUGGGGUGUCAUUCCUACCUCCGCUGGUGCUGAACUUUGAACUCCCUGUGGACUACCCUUCCAAAUCUUCACCCCUGUUUACACUAAACUGCAAAUGGCUCUCAGAAAUCCAGCUGGCAGCUGUGUGCAGGCACCUGGAUGAACUGUGGCAGGAGUGUCUUGGAAGUGUGGUGCUCUUCUCGUGGAUCCAGUUCCUCAGGGAAGACCUCCUCAGCUUCCUCCACAUUUCCUCAUCCCUGGAGCUCCCCUCGCUCUUGGACAGCAGCAGCACAGGAGCCAGUGAGGGAGGGGCAUGUGGCGGCGGGGCCGCGGGGGGUGCCGAACAGCUGCUCCACGUCCUCGACUUCGACAGGGCCCAGCGGCGGAAGGCGUUCGACAGCCGGGCGUUCGACUGCGGGAUCUGCUUCUCCACGAAGCUGGGCUCGGACUGCUUCAGCUUCAGGGAGUGCGAGCACGUGUACUGCGCCAGCUGCAUGUGCGAGUACUUCCGGGUCCUGAUCACGGAGGGCGCGGUCAACGGCCUCAAGUGUCCGCAGUCUGAGUGCAGCUCCGAAGCCACGCCCCCGCAGGUGAAGCAGCUGGUCGGGGAGGAGCUCUUCGGUCGCUACGACCGUCUCCUGCUGCAGUCCAGCCUGGACAGCAUGGCCGACGUGACGUACUGCCCACGGCACGCCUGUGCCACGGCCGUCCUGGUGGAGCCAGACAACUCCAGCGCCAUCUGCUCGUCCUGCCGCUACGCCUUCUGCACCCUGUGCCGACAGGGCUACCACGGGCUCUCCUCCUGCGCUGAGAGAGGGCAGAGAGGGGACAGGGCGCCCGGCGAUGACCAGCCCUACGCUCAGGUUCCGGGAAACGAAGAUGGACUUCGAGGACUUUGGGAUGACUACGAGACGGGAAGUAAGACGCGGAAGAAGUUCCUGGAGCAGCGUUAUGGGAGACACGUUCUCCAGGACAGCGUAGGGAAUGUCCUCAGCCGGAGCUGGCUGGACGGCAACACCAAAAAAUGCCCACACUGCAACGCCACCAUACAGAAGGACGGAGGCUGUAAUAGAGUGCAGUGCUCCAAGUGUCACUACGCCUUCUGCUGGGUCUGUCUGUGUGUCAUAAAUCGGCGUUACGGACACUUUGCCGACCCUGCUUCACCCUGCUCUCAGGUCCACUAUAGCUAGUGAGCCCCAUCCAGCCUUGCUGCAAUCAACAGCUUCACUGUGCUCUGAUCACUGUACCCAGUUCUGUGUCUGUCGACGGGCAUCCCCUGAAGGUGUAUUCCUGCAGUUUGGAUGGUCAAUAAUGGUCCUCAGAGGUGAGGUUCAUAAGCCCUGGUUGUCUUUAGGUACCACUACUCCCAGUAACGGCAGAGUUUCACACGUCUAUCUUUCCUGACUGCAUUUCAGCAAAUCCACCCAGGGCAGCAACUAAUCCUCUACUCCUGUUGUGGGAAAACAGUCUUUUUCUUUCAUUUUCUUGAUGAAAUUACGCAUUAAAAGCAUGUUUUCUCAGUAAGGAACUGGAGCUCAAAUAUAUUGUUAAUGUGUACCCUGCAGACCGAAACGAAGCUGCUUCUCUUCAUUAAUCAGCAUUAAGAUGGAUUAUUCUACCAAGUACCAGAGGUUAAUUGUAAACCAGACACAAGCAGGAAAAGGAAGCUCUGUUCUGGAAAAUGUCCUGGGUGGAGCAGACUGCUCUAGGUGUGGUACCUGCGGUAUGUCCUGCAGUUAAGAGUGGAAUCCCGGUGGUGACGGCUCCGAUGGGGCGUGGAAACCCUUCAGGUUUGAGGCCAGCGUGAGAACUGAAGCGGUCCUCCGGUCAGCCGUGCGCCUGCCCUCAGCUCGGUUCUGACCCAGCCCUCAGCUCGGUUCUGACCCAGCCCUCAGCUCGGUUCUGACCCAGCCCUCAGCUCGGUUCUGACCCCGGGAGCCCAUGGCUCCGCUGGUGCACUGUGGAGUGGGAAGCAGCUUCUGGAAGCGGGCGCUGCAGAGGACUCGCAUGUUUUAUCUGCUUUCUCUGGACAGUCUCUGGAUGUUUCUUCCAUAGGAAGGGAUGCGCAAAUAUGACUUGAGAGAAAAUAUGAAACGUACCGAGUGGGCAUGCGUUAAAGGGCAGGUAGGCCAUACAGUAUGUGCAUGAGUGUGAGUCUGUAGGAAUCCACCCACUGUAAAGCAGUCCUCUUAAGAUAUAGAUCACAGCUUCAUGGUCUUUAAAAUACUACAGCAGUGACUAUGUGUUCCUGCAGCUAUUUAGACUUAUUAGAAACUCAGUUUUGUAUAUGAGCAAUUGUUCAUUUGCACAAAUCAACCUGCUAGUCAAAGAAAAUAUAAGUAAUUAUUGCCUGGGCUGAUGCCUCUUAAAGUUUGAGAUCCAUGCUGUAGGCAACAGUAAUCGGUGAAAUUGGGAAUAAUGUUACUGGCUCAAACCGUGUUAUUCUAUCCUGUAUCAUGUGUAAUUUUACAGGCAGAAAUAGAACAGCAAUGCAAAUGCGAAAGUGUUGAUUUUACUUAGAUUAUAUUUUCGCUAAUAUGAGGUAAAAAUGCUGUGUGAAUGGAAACAAUGGAAGGUGAGCUGAAACAAUGAUCAAUAAAGA